GCCGAACGAUGAGAGAGUAGAAACACCCAUUGCGCCCGCGUCAGUACUUCUACGCACACGACGAGGCCAGAAAACGGGAGGGAAUACAAUGGCCUCAAAAUAUGCAUUUGCGCAAGGGCUGAAGGAGUUGCGGUUCCUGUUUUGUCAAACUAGCGAGCACAGCGCGCCAGUGAGGAAUUUCCUUACCAGAAGCUACCCCACGAUGAAGAAGCACAACCCCCACACGCCCAUCAUGAUCCGGGAAGCCAGCGGUGUCGAGCCUAGAGUCUAUGCGAGAUUCGAGUUCGGCAAGGAGAAGAUGCUCCCUCUGACCGGUCUGGACGACAAGGCAAUCGAAUCGAAAGUCACAGAGCUAGUGAAGAAUGCGGUAUAAAGCGCCAUAUGGGAAGGGGAUAAACGGUAGAACGAGAAGGCUUAACCAAUGUAUAUUUGUACUAUGACGAACGAAUCUUUUCAUCAGCCG